GUUGUGUAAGAUCAAAACAACGCACUCGUAAAGAAUAUAAUUUUAUGUUACUUGCAAUAAGCAAAGUUUUCAUUAUUGAAUGCUUAAAUUUACCAUAUUUAGUGGUUCUCCAGACGCACUCGUAAUAUGUUGUCCUUUUUUCGUAAGAAAGCAGACGACGUGAGCGAAGCUUCAAGCUCACGCACCGAAAGCCUCAAUCGGGAAGUCGCACAAUCUCCUUCGUUAUCGCAGCUUGGUUACCGCGAUGCUAACGACCUAAAGGAAACCAUUUAUGAUUUUCUGCGAACUAUACGGGAUCCCGAAAAGCCCAAUACCCUGGAGGAUUUAAAAGUGGUGUACGAGGAUGGUAUCUUCGUGCAAGGUCCGACCGAAGGUAAUGUUUAUGUAGUUCGAAUCGAAUUCAAUCCAACCGUGCCACACUGCUCACUGGCUACGCUCAUUGGAUUGUGCAUCAGGAUUAAGGUACAACGGAGUCUAAAUCAUAAUCUGAAGCUGGACAUCUACAUCAAGAAAGGCGCACACUCGACGGAAGACGAAAUUAACAAGCAGAUCAACGAUAAAGAACGAAUAGCGGCUGCAAUGGAAAAUCCAAAUUUAAGGCAAUUGGUCGAGAAUUGCAUCAAAGAGGAGGAUUAAGUCAUCUGGGCGGUGUUUGUGUGUGCUCUCGUAGCUGGAACUAAGGGCUUUGUUACACUACUCUAGUUAAGUAACUUGAAUUUACUCGACUGCGCUAUUGCAAUAGGGCUCCAAAUUAAAGCAAAUUUGCUGGUCGUUGUGAUGCGACAAGGGAGCUUUUCAAAGCAACCUCUACCUAUAAGUACUGGAACAAAACGGUAUAUUUUAUAGCAAUGUUUUAGGAUGCAAUAAAUGAUAAAAUUUCAUAAACUUUUUUUAUCUACAUAUUUAAGUCUUGGCGCUUUUGUUUACAGUACAUACAUCGAUUUAGAUUCUCGAAAUAAAUUAAUUAUUUUCCAAAAGUGGAAAAGCACCAA